UUCUUUUGACUUUGUGCUUUUAAAUCACUAAAAUAUACUGUGUAUGAACAUUAGUGACAAACGAAAAAAAAAUUGAUAAAGAGAAAUACAAACGAUGCAGUAAAUAAAAGAAAAGAGGCAUUAGAAAGCCUUUAGUACAACUAGUACAUUUUUCAAAUGAUGCUAGUGCUUUUUUUGUGUGUAAUAAUGAAGAUAGCAGAGUUAUCAGUUGGGCGUGUAAGCCCGACUUUGUCAUCAAGACAUUCGCCUCCUUACUAUAUUCAUAAUUUUAAUAAUUAUAAUGACAAUAAUAACAACAACAAUAAACUAAAGCGACGUAAUAAGAUUCAAAAAUGGAUAAAUAUUAAUAAUAAAUAUCAAUACAACAACAAAAAACGUUCUGGUAAGAGAGCUGCAAUGAUGGAAGAUCCACAGACUCCCGGUUCGGAUUGUAAUUCCAAUCCAGCAGAUCCUAUUUCUCAGGAUCUCAUAAGCUCAGAAUUUAUUCAAGAUAACUCUGAUUAUCAGUGGUUUAUUGAUUAUGGAUAUCGAGAUGGGGGAUUACACGUCCAUCCAAGCGUACUUUCAUCACUUUCUACUUCUUAUACUCAAGAAGACUUGGGUUACUACGACGACUUGGCAAGAAAUCUGGAUGCCAAUCUUGCUGAAGUUGAUAUGGAGAGUUUUCGAACAGCAGAUAUACAUACUUUGCUUACAGCUUUACCUGUUAUGUGCACCGAUCCUAUUCAACAGUCAGAGUUUAACUAUCAAAGGGAACGUUAUGCCAGUAUAUCUGGUUCAGUGAUGGAAAAAAUCGACAUUGGUUCGUCAAUAAGUCCUCAUACUAGCAGUCAGGGAGAAGAUUCAGCAUGUUCUACUGCGGAUACUAUUUCAAUCUGCAAGUCAUCGUUACUUUUUUCACCUGUUAAAGAAACACCAGUAUUGCCACCGGGUGGUAGUUAUAGUGUUGAUUCUCUUGACUGCGAAGACAUGUUAUUGACGUGUCAGGCUAAUAACAAAAAUAAUUAUACAAUCGCUUUUGAAGGUAGCAUGACAAUGUAUUCUGAUGGCUCACAAGUUGAUUUUGAGAGUCAAGAUAAACAUAAAGCAUAUGAAGUACGAGAAAAUUAUUAUAAUCCAAGUAAAAUAGAUUUAAAAAAUAUAUUGGAUUAUUCAAUGGCUUGUUCAGAUUCAAAAAUUUACACAACUUGGAGUAAUUUAAAACAUUUAUCGACAAAUAAAGUUAUGAAACGUCAUGGAUCUGGUAAUAAUAAUACAAUGCCAAAUUUUCUUCAAGCAACAGCAGCAACUAUACCAGCAACAGUUAUGUUAAAUUCAACUAAAAGGAGUUUAAGUUUACCAGAUUUAAGAAAAACCCGUGAUUUAGAACAAAUAAAUGUUCCAUUAAAUUUUUCAAUGGACUCUGCAGAAUCACAUCAUCAACAAUCGCAUAGUUCUGGUUCAGUAAUGAGUAGAUCUGUCAAUGAAAGUUCAAAUAGUAAUACAUCAACGGGUAAAAAAAUUCAAAAUAUGAGUCUCGUUAAAUUGUUUAUUAAACAAAAAAGUAUGAGUGCUGAAGGUAUGAGUUUAACACUCGAUCAGUCAGAUUCAGCAAGUGAUAAUGGUUGGCCUACAAGUAAUAGUAGUAGUGAGAGCAGAACAAAUACAAAUACACAAAUACAAAUUAAUCAUCAUAAUAAUAUUAAUCAUAAUGAUACAUGUAAAAAUAACAUUCCAGAUAAUGAUUUUUCAAUAAAUUGGGUUAAAACAGACUGUUAUAAAAGUACUGGAACAAUUAGCCAUGACGGUAGUUCCAGUAAUACAUCAAAACGUGUGCCAUCAAUUAAAGAACUAAAACAAGAAUCACCAUCUGUUGAAGAAUUAUCUGAGAGUAUUUUAAAAUCCGAAAUAAUAAAUGAUAAAAUCCAAUCUGAAUUACUACAGUUAAAAGAUAAUAAUAUCAAAAAAGUAUGGAAUAAAUCAUUAGAACAAGAAACAAUACCAAUAUCUAAAACAACUGGUAUACAAACAAUAAAAGAAGUUGAAGAUAAUGCUGUACAGACAUCACUUAUUUAUAAUUUAUCAUCUAAAAAUGAUUAUUAUCCAUAUUUACGUGAAACAUUUGUUGAUAAAAAACCAGUUUAUGUUGUUUAUCCAAAUUAUGCAUUACCAGAUUUAUCAUUUUUAAAUAAUAAACAAGUUAAACUUGAUAAUGUUGCAUUAAAACCACAAGAAAGAGUAAGUCUUAAAAAAACUGGACGAAACAAUAGACCAUUUUCAUGUAAUGACAUUGAAUCAUUGAAACAACGUGGAUUUUCUCAUGUUAAAGAUUGGGAAUCAUUGACAUUUUUAUUACCAACCGAGUAUCGUAAAGUUUUACAUGACGUUCCUGAAGUACCAAGCCACAUUAAAUUGUCUGAAGAAAAUAAAAAACCUCUAUUUUGUUUAUCACCACCAAUGCGACACAAAGGAGCUGUACGUAAUACAGCAGCAGCAGCAACAAAUGAAAUUUUACCAACAAAUAUAUCAUCUAGUAGCAGUACUGGUACACAACCAUCAUCAGGUUAUCGCGGAUCAUCAACAAUUCUCAGUGAUUCCUCAUCAAAUCAACAAACAAGUACCAAUCCACUUUAUCUUUAUCGUUAUGACAGUGGUAGCUCAGAAAAUAGUUUAAUAAGCCAUGAUAAAAAGUCGUCACAUCGACCUGGUAGUAGUGUGAGUCAAACAAGAACUGGUAAUACUGGAUUUUCAAAACGAUCUAUUUCUUUACCACAUGGAGAAAAAGAAAAUAACAUUGAGUAUACUGGCAAAGUACCACCACGACCUCCUUUACCUCGAAGUAUUUUACGUAAAAAUAGAUCAGCGACAAAUAAAAGAUACAGUAUGUUUGAAAUGGGCGGAGUUGAAGAAGUUGAUGAUCAUUUAAAAUCAGAAGCUGAAUCAAAUAAACGAAUGUCACUACAAGAACCAUAUUAUAUUAAUAAUGAUUUACAAUUACUACGUCACGGGCGUAUUAUUGAUUCUGACAAAGAUGUCGACGAAGUUGAAGAGAAACGUUACGCAGAACAUAUGAGAGAAAUUGAUAAUUAUGGUAUUGCUGAGACAAUUGAUGUUGAAUCAAGUGGCGGUGAUGAUGUUAAACAGCUUGAAGAAUUUUUAAAGCGCAGUGGAUUUUCAUCAAGUAGUGAUGAUGGUGAAGACCCUGAUAUUAAAUUAAGAUCUUAUGUUAGAAAAUUUUUAGCGCUAAAAAUGAAUAAAGAUACUGUCAAAGCUGAAAUGCUUGAAUCACAAAAAAAAACUGUCAGUUUUGCUGUUAAUAGACGACCAUAUUUAGAUAGUAAAAUUUUACAACCGGAUAUUAAAGAUUGUCAUGAUGAUUUUGAUAAAAAAAUUAAUUUUGAUGAUAAACAAAUAAUGAUUAAUUCUGUUAAUAAAGCUGUUGAUUUAUUAAUUAAAUUUUGGAAUACGCAAUUAGACUCAAGAUCUGUUGAUUACAAUGAUAAAAUAGAAUGUUCACAAAUAUGUUUAAGUAAUUUAUGCCCGGCAUUAUAUGCAAUAAUGUCUGAUGGUUUAAAACCACAAAUAAAUUCAACUUUUGGUCCUAUUGCUAACAGUGUUUGGCAAGUUGUUGAAGCAUCAUCACAACAAGGACCACUUACAAAUACACUUAAUGAAUUAGUUAAAAAAAUAAAUAGUGAAGAUUUUAUGACUGAAGGAUUACUAAAAUUUCAUGCCUUUGUAUUCGGAUUACUAAAUUUACGGGCAUUAGAUGCAUGGUUUGCAUAUUUAUGUACACGUGAAACAAUAUUACGUAAACAUUAUAAUAGUAAUAGUUUAUUUGUUUGUGGUAUCGGUUGCGCUAAUUCACGUAAAUUAAUUGAUAAUUUUCUUAGUAUUUUAGAUCCACUUGCAUUUUGUCCAUUCCAAUUAGAUCUUUUGUAUCAAUAUCGACAAUUACAUAAUAGUUUUAGUCAUGUUAAUAAUAUUAUAACAAAUGAUAAUAAUAUUAUUGUGACAAAAGAUAAUUUUGAUAAACAACAAAAUAUAUUAAUUCAAAGUCCGAAAAAAAUACGACCACGUUCUUGUGGUUUUGAUAACAAUAUCACUAAGGCUGAAAAUACAAAUGAUAUGAAAAAACGUUGGAGUAAUAUAGCUAUUGGAUCUAAAAUGUUUCCUGUAUUGGAUAAAUUAAUUUGUGAUGAUUCUGAAGAUUAUACUGAUAGCUUAGAGCAUUCACCGUUAAAUCGUGCUUGUAAUCGUAAAAAUAUAACCAGAACAUCAACUGUUAAAAACGCUGAUGAUAAUGAUGAUGAUGAUGGUGAUGAUAAUCAAGAUAAUGCUGGUGCAAGUGGAUUGAAAUUUAAAAGAUUACAAGAAAAAUGGGAAUUAAUGGUUGGUAAAGAUGAUACACGUGAUAGAGAAACUAAUAAUACAACAUCACCAUCAUCACCACUUCGAACUCCUACUGGUGUUACUAAAUCUAAAAUUCCUCGGCUAUUGACAUCACCAAUAAAACAACCAACAAAUAGUCUAACUGGUACGAAAAAUAAAACUGUUACUGGUAUACCUGUUAAAAAAUCAAUUCCUAGUACAACGAGUAAAAUUUUACCGAAAAAACCAACAGAUUCAAAACUUAAAGAAUCAUCUAGACGCACUAGUCGUGUUGAUCAAGAUCAUGUCACUCCAAGAACACAUUUAACGCGUCCGAGUUCAUUACCUUAUAAAUCUUAUGCUCUCAAUGCUAAAGAAAAAAAUUUGAUUUCACCACAGAGACGUGCUGUUUCAACAUCUCUACCAAGACCAAAUACUCCAGCUGCUUCGAAAGCUAAUACUCAAUUAAAACGUCCAGUAAAAGAAGUACGCACUCUAACUCAUCGACUUCCGUCAGACAAUGGUCACUUAUCUUUUAACGAAGGCGACAGACUGAAAGUUAUCUUGGAAGUAGAUAGCAAAUGGUUAUUAUGCGCAAAGGGUGAUCGUAAGGGCUUAGUACCAAGAGCUUGCGUGCACGUUUGUCAGACUUAGCCCAAGACAUAAAUAUCAGCACGAAAAUUUAAAAUUUACAUUAUAGAUAUUUAACAGAAAAAAAAAAAAUUAAUAUAUAUGAAAAUCACAAAAUUCAUUAAUUUAGGCUGGCAAUAACGCCUUGCACUACUGUCAUUAAAAUUCGUGUCAUAUUAAUAAAGAUAAAAAUUAAUGACUAUUUAUUUUAGUUUAAUGUACAGUGUAACAAAGAUUUAAAUGAAGAGUAAGAAAAUAAUGAAAAAAAAAGUAAAUAAAUAAUGAUAAUAAUAAAAACUAAUCAAGUAUUAAUUAAUGUUAAUGACUAUGACAAAGAUUAAUGUUUAUUAUAUUAAUUAAUAAUAUAUUUUUAUUUUUAAAUUAAUCUUAGAAUUUCAUUAAUGUCAUUAACUGAAUAAAAAAAAAAUUAUAUGACAAGACAAAAAAAUAAUAACUAGUCAGUCUCUCGAUACCAGAUUGUAUUUAAUUAUCUAAAGAGAACACAUAUUUAUAUCCAUUGUACAUAUACACAGUGUAACGACAAUUUAUAAAGUAACGUUAAUAAUUAAGUAGUUAUAACAUAUACUUAUUAUAAUCAUUAUUAUUUUUAUUAUUAUAGUUAUUAUUAUAUAAAUGUAACUGUGAUAAUCAGGAAAAUAAGUUUAUCAGUUUGUUUACUGUUUCGUUUCGUUUUAUCCUUUAAUAUUAAUUUAAAAUGAAUUAAUUUUAGUGACCUUUGUUUAAUUUAAAAUCAUAACGUUAUUUAAAUAAUGUUAUCUCUACAACUCACAUUAUUUACUUUUUAUUUAAACAUUAGCUAUACGAAUUUAAAUUGUAUCCGGUAAAUAUUUAAAAUAAUCUUUUUUUACUUGCUUAUCGCUUAUUGUAUCUUGCGUAUGUAUCCCUUGCAUAUCGAUUUAAGUUUUAAUUUAAAUACUAUUUAACUAUUUCACUGUACAGUUUGAUGUUACCUAUUAUUAUGCAAUAAUGCUCGACUUUAGAUUCUUAGAACCAUAAUUAUAAAGAAGAAAAAAUUAAAAAAUAAUUUAUUAUUUAAAAAUAAAGAUGAUAAAAAAUAA